AUGGCUGCCACACUGAGCGGGACUUAUACUUCCGCUCCUGACACUCCAUCUCCUGUGUUCCCAGAUCGUUUGAUCCGUCCCCUACCGAAGCGUCCCAUCCGUGCACGUCUAUCCCCUGAGGCUGCUGAAUCUAUACUUUACCCGCCUGCCCCGCCUGUCACCCAAGUUUUCUACGGUUCAUAUUCUGGGAAUGGCGAUGUUGUUAACAAUGCCAAGGUUUACGUGCAACAGACAAAUUACGGACGCGAACAUAGUCCUGAAGGCGACCACCACCAUCUGUAUGAUGAAAGCGUAGACAGCGGUGAUGAAGACGGCCCCGUGGUUGUCCGUCGAAGUGGCGGGUUCCAUAGAUCGUCCUUAUCCCCCAUGGGCGAAACCGGCCAGAAAUACGUCAAACAUCUGGAGGACACGCCAACCAAAACGCUUUCGGCUGGACUUGAUGGCUACGAUGCUUUUGAGAACACAAACAAUAAAAAGAAAAGGAAGAUACCCACGUCCGGUAACCCUGGAAACCAUUCGAAUUUAUCUGCAGAUAUGAUUACCCUGGGCAUUUCAACGAACAGUGGCAAUUCGUCCUCUAUAGAUGACGGGAGCGGAACUGGCUCGUAUUACGGAACCGGUAAUCCCGCUUCACCGGCGGGGAACGGUAUAUCGGGAUCCGGAAGAGGGCGUUAUGGCCGGAAUGCUAGCCGUACGGUCAGCGGAAGGACCCCUCUCGCUGUUCAUAACCCGAAUGCUUGGCUCGGAGGCCGAUCUGGAAUUGGACGCAAGGAGGUAGCAACUUCUCUUGGCCAAGAAUCAAUUGCCAAUGCCGCGGCUCUUUCAGCGUCAACGCCGCAGGGACAAGAUAACACGAGCUUGUUAGACCAGACAAGAAAGCCCUCUCCAACAAAAACACAAUUCACCUUUACCUGCGAAUCCGACUCAUCGAAAGGCAUGGCGUGGCAAACCCAGAACUCAUAUUCCAUCCAACAACAUCAUCGGGCAGGUAACCAACCACUUUCUUCAAUGGCCCCAGGUCAAAGGGGUUUUUCGACUCAGGGGACGCAGACGAGCCCAAAUUUAGCGUCCCAGACAAAUCAUCAAGGCCAGGUGCAGGCUCAGCACCCGUCACAAAGCGCAGGCCAAAACGCCGCCUCGAGCAAGAAAACACGACGGUCCCCGGGAAGCACCUAUGCCUUGGCCGCUCGUCAACGUCGGUUACGACAACAGUAUUCGAAUCUCCACCACCCGCCGAACAUCGACGAGAUUUGGAUAUGCGAGUUCUGCGAAUAUGAAAGUAUAUUCGGCCGGCCACCAGAGGCGUUGAUCAGGCAGUAUGAAAUUAAAGACCGCAAGGAGCGCCGGCGGCUAGCAGAAAAGAGGAGACUGCUUGAAAAGGCCAAGAUGAAAGGUCGCAAGGGCAAAAAGGCAACGAAGAAUGCCGCCAAGGCCGCAGCUGCACAUGCACAGCAAUCAGCAGCAGCUCAUCAGCAAGGAUAUGAUCGACAACACCAACCGGUAGGAGACCACGACCCAACAGGCUAUGGAGGAGGGCUUGGUGAUAAUUAUCUAGGCGAUGAGUACGAAGACGAAGUUUCAGCACAACACCCGCACCCUGCCUCUCCUGCACCUCCAGCUGGUGCUGUCAAACAGGAAGUACUCGCCAGCAACCAGGCUAAAGCAGGAGGUGUGGGAGACGUCACGUCAGGCAAAGGUGUAGCUGGAGGCGGUACGAUACGUGCUGGGUGA